CUAAUCCGCCAUAUGUAGUAAUUUAACUUUCAGUCUUUUGAUUGAAUUAGGUAAUAAUUUAGUAUUAAAGUAUUUAAUACAUUAUGUCCUUACCUCUUUUAAGACAACCCAAAACUCAAGUAACUCUACAACAAAGGACUAGACAGUCACAGUAUGAGCAACAGUUUAUAAUAUUAACGUUAAAAAGCUCCAUAAAACUGGUAGUGACAUCAGACUCCUUUCAUUGUAUUGUAAAUGUGGGAGACGUGUUCAAAUGCGUUCUUUGUAAUACAAACAUGGAUGCUGAGGUUGAACUGAAGGAAUACCACAAAACUUUGGCAGAGCAUCACAGAUUGCUGAAAAUAUACCCGUAUUUGGAAGAGUUAGGUGAAAAUUUAGUAAGACAGAUUGAUAGCACCAACUGCUUCUGUACAAUAUGCAGUAUAGUAACAUCUGUACAUUAUGUUUCAAGGCAUGUUCAGAACGAUGAACACAUGCGUGAGUUGAACAAGGCUGUCUUGCGAGCUGAAACUUACAAACCUUGUGAAGAACCUCCCAAUGUCAACACUGUGGAUUUAAAUAAUAAAAAAUGAUUUUCUAUCAUG